AUGGCUGCCCGUCGAAAAAUUCGUCUCCAAAAGACUGAAGCUCGUGGACGAAUGUUUGUGACAACCGUUUCAUUUCCAGUUAUUGUUAACAGGACAUUUAUGGGCGUGGCUGCUGUAAAUACUCCACUUACUGAGCUUAAUCAGCAAGCUCAUCCUAGUAAUAUCGGUGGUCGAAGUUACUUCUUUAUGCUUGACCAGAAUGGUUUUGUUAUGUUUCAUCCACAACUGCGGCCUAUAAUAAAUCGGAAGACAUUCUUUCAAGCGGAAGUGUAA